CUACGGAAGCCGGUGGGCGGUGAGAGGCGGGGUUUUAGUGUGGAGGUCAGUGCUUCGCAGUCGCUGUCAGUGAGUGAUGCAACGUGGGUUACCCACAUGGCCACCCCCUCCACCAGCCCCGCUCUGCCCGCUCCUCCGGCCGGCAAUGUACUCAGCCAGGUGUUCAGACAUGUCCGCUAUGAGAACCUGGCGGCCGGCCUGAGCGGGGGGGUCAUCUCUACCCUGGUACUGCACCCCCUGGACCUGGUCAAGAUCAGAUUCGCAGUUAGCGACGGCUUGGCGUUGCGACCCCAAUACAAUGGCAUCUUCCAUUGUUUCGCCACAGUGUGGAAGCGGGAAGGUCUGCGUGGACUGUAUCAGGGGGUCACUCCUAAUAUGUGGGGAGCUGGAGCAUCCUGGGGCCUUUACUUUCUAUUCUAUAAUACCAUCAAAGCUUAUAAGAAGGAAGGGAGAGUUGAAAAUCUCAGUGCGACGGAGCAUCUCUUGUCAGCUGCCGGAGCAGGUGCCUUAACUCUGUGUUUAACAAACCCAAUAUGGGUUACCAAGACCCGUCUUGUACUUCAGUAUGAUGCUGGCCUCGAUUCAUCAAAGCGAGAGUACAGAGGAAUGUUUCAUGCUCUUCGUAAAAUUUACAGGCAUGAGGGCAUACCUGGACUAUAUAAGGGUUUCGUACCAGGCUUAUUUGGAACCUCUCAUGGUGCCCUUCAGUUCAUGGCAUAUGAAGAGCUAAAACUUGAGUACAACAAGUACCUGAAUCGCCCAUGCGACACUAAACUGAACACAGUGGAAUAUAUAACCAUGGCUGCACUGUCUAAAAUAUUUGCUGUCACGAUGACAUACCCUUAUCAAGUGGUUCGCACCCGGCUACAAGAUCAGCACAAUAAGUACAACGGAGUCAUGGAUGUAAUAAGCAGGACGUGGAGGAAAGAAGGAGUUCAUGGAUUUUACAAAGGACUCGUUCCCAACAUACUUAAAGUCACGCCGGCUUGCUGCAUAACAUUCGUGGUGUUUGAGAAAGUGUCGCAUUUCCUCUUUGACUUGAGAAAACCUAAAGAGUGAAACAAAAGCUUCUUUCAACGCACUUUAAACUGAUAUCACCUGACCUGCUGUAAAGCGUCACUUGUGGAAGUUGAGCCAGAAAGAACAUAUUUUGAGGAUGUCCCAGACUGAAAAAAGACUUGAAUGGUUCUUCUGUUUUAAAUUUAACUCACAAUUUAAAGGGAACCUCUAGACUAAAACAAUAGUUCUGUUUUAUUUAUUUUUUUCUUUUCUGUUUGGUGUAAUGCUUUAAAUUUGAAUUUGUAAGUUAAAUAAUAAUUUUAUUUUCAAUUAAUUAUUGAGGAUAUUUUUAUACAUUUCAGUUCUUUUAACUACUUUGCAUACCUUGAAGUUUACAAGUAGCUUUGAAUGUAAAUUUCAAGGCAAUGGAUAUGCUGGCCGUUUUGUGUUCAGCCCAUUGCCAAUAAACCUAUGCAUUGUUUAUUUAGUACUGCA